AUGGUGAUUGGAUUAUCGGAGGAAAAUGAUGAUGACGAAACUUUUUCAGCUGUACAUUCUUCAACACCCAGUAUUAAUUCUCAAUCUUAUGCGAUCCCCAUAACGGAGGAAAUGUCCAGCUCUUUCCAUGAUUCUAUCAGCACCACUAGCAACUCAAGUGGUAGUUUCGAUAGUGAUGAACGUAGUGUUUCAAACGUUGUGGAGGCAAAUGAAGUGGAUAACGAAUCUAAUGGUGACGAAGAUUUGUUCUUAGAUAACGAUAUUCCUCAAUCAAGCAAUUUAUUACUCACAGAUGCCCAAGAUCCUGGUCCAAUAUUUGACGUUUCAAGAUAUAUUUUUGAUUCUCUUAAACAAUCCAUUGAUUCUGCAGAUUUCUCAGAGGCACUUUCCCUACAGACCAAGACUUCUGCCGUCAUAAAUUCAAAAAGCUUAGAACUUAAACAAUAUAUUGAUGAAAUGAAGAUCAGGCUAACUCAACUGCAGGAAAAGUUUGAAAACGGUGAAGCUACUUCAAGAAAAAUAAAGCAUGAUUUAGAAACUUCAAGAAAAAACAUCGACUAUUUAAACGCUGCUUUACGUGUCGGUUUCCCCAUUGAGUUUAAUCAGGCAAGAGAAAAAAUACUCGAACGUAAAUUGAAUGAAGAGAAUGACUGA